AACGUGCCGAUCACGUGGUUGGUGUGACGUCAUGCCGUGUGGACGUAGAGAACGGAAAUAUCAGGCGACAGUCUGCACCCCGAGAUGGUGAGGCGCGCAACGCUUCUUGACCCGCUAUGACGGACACGGAGGAGAUUGCCAAACUCGUGGAUGGUACCUAUAAGAAUAUCUUGGAGAAAUUUAAUCCAUGUGCCAGACAACUUAUCACAGCAGGAAAAGCCUACUUGAAGGCUCUACACGGUGCUGUAUCGGCUUCGAAAGUGUAUAUAGAAGCUAUCCACAAGUUAGCCCGUCACGCCCACCAAGGAACUUGGGGAGGAUGCACAGAUAUUGGAACUGCUCUGAUGCAAUUGUUGGACGUGCAGAAAGAGAUCCAGGCCCAGCAAAUGAACAUCUUGAAGGCGUUCUACGUUGACUUGUUGGUUCCACUGGAGACUAAUCUAGAGAAAGAUGCUAAAAUCGUUGCUACGGAGCAUAAAAAAUUCCUUCAACAACACAAAUCCUUCCAAGAUAGCUACUUAAAAGCAGUCUCUACGGUUAAGAAGCAGAGGAAAAAGAAUAGGAGCAGUAGAUCCUCUAAUAUUGACAAAGAAAUCAAACAAAUGCAGAUAAUGGAAGAAGAAAAGAUGAAGUUGGAUCAUUUCUGCGUAGGAAGCCUGAAACAGGCCAUUACUCAAGAAAGGCGAAGAUACGGUUUCGUUCUGGAAAGACAAUGCUCCUUGACUAAACACCGUCUGGUAUAUCACAGUAAGGGGCAGGCAUUGCUGCAACAUCACUUAGAAGAGUGGAACGAAGUAGCAGCGGCAAGAGAACUUCUACCAGAAACAAUGGAAAAACUAUUUCCGUCCAGUGACAUCAGGAUAGGUAGCGAAUACGCAUCUUCGAAUAUUUUAUUAGAUAUUGGGUCUAGUGAACCCCUGAGUAUAUCGAGUUAUGCUCAAGGAGGAUUGAGAAAAACCAGAAGCAUCGAUGCAAGUUGCGGAGAUUUGUGCGACGUUCAGGAGUUGAAUUAUCAACGUCCCCUAUCUCGGGCUAAAUCCGAUUUUAAUUUGGCUUCUUCUAGCGCUAGUCUCGUCUCUAGUGAAUAUGUGAUGCCGCUUCGUCCCAAAAGUAUGGUAGAAAGCGCCAAGAGCGAAAUUCAUCACGUGAAAGCCCUCUAUUCUUAUUUGUCUAGUGGUGAACAUCAACUCAGCUUCCACGAAGGCGAUGUUAUUGCUUUAAUUGGCGAAAGGAAUAAAGGUUGGCAAUACGGAGAGAAUCUAAGAAAUCACAGAUGCGGAUGGUUUCCUAUUGCCUACACUGAACCAAUAACUUCUAAUGGGAGGCAUCCAGAAGGCGAAAGACAUAUUGGUUCUCGUCAUCCAGGGCUCGUAAGUCCCGAUCUCCCAACCUCGCUGACCUUUAGUGAUUUCACCACGGUUACCCAUCACACCAUUCCUAUCCAACUAUCUAGAGGCGAACAUACGCCCAUAAUUGCGCCAACAUUAUUGACCUUUGGCGAUCCUCCUCCAGUUGAAUCGUCUAAGGUACGUCCGCCCGUUGUUCCGUCCUUACUCCAACCUCCUCCACCCCCGUCCAUAUCGUCCCAUCCCUCCUCCUCCUCCGCUUCCACUACAGAAGGACAUCCAGUGAGUCCUCCACGUCCUCCUAGAAGAUCUCUUACUUCACCUUUACCACUUCCUCAUCCCGGCUCAACUAGUCUACACAGCAGCAACGAUAGCGGCUUUUGCAACGAUUCCAGCCCUCAUCCUGCCAACCUUAACGAUGGAGAAAUCGAAAGACAAGGGGAGAACAUUUUCGCUGGUGUCAAACUUCGCAAAGUUUUGACUAAUGAUCGAUCCGCUCCAAUGUUGUCUUGAUCCUACUUCAGGUGUAUAGUAUAUUCUAGUAAAUAUUUUGCUUUGUACGAUAAAAAGAGAAGACACGCCAUGUCUAGAAGCUGAAUAAAAUUUCGAAAAAAAAAAAAAAAGGAAAUAGUCUGGAGGCCUUUAAAGAAAUAGAGGAUGAAUGAUCGGGUUUUCACUUGUUAUUUUAGUGGCGAUAAAUAGUCUUGAAUGAUGUAUAGAUAACACCUGCAGGACAAAGGAGAGGAAUGAUUAUUGGAAACCGAUGUCGUAUCAACUGGGCCAGAUGUCUAACAUUAUUAGAAAGAACCUUCAUUUUGACAUCGAUAAAGAAAAGAUCGUAAAUCGCAGAUGCGGAUCCGAUAGAUCUAAAGGGAAAAAAAAAAUCAAAACGUGCCUCGUUCGAAGCGAUUUAAAGUCUAGUUUAAAGCUCAUUUGCAUUAAUUCAAGAAAGCAAACCGCGGAAAAAGUUCUUAUUAUUCAGAAUACAGAAAAAAUAUCCACAAACAAUCGGAAUUUUUUUUUAAAUCUUCGUUAAUAUUGCAUUAAAAACUACAGUUUUCAACCGCAAACUGUUAAACGAUUCUCAAUAAUUAUCGUUAUUUUUUUUUAACCACCACUACUUCUUAUGGCGAUAAACUAUUAAACUCGAAAUUAUUCGAUUCGUAAAAUAAUUAUAUAGGCCUAUAUAAAAUCGUUUUAUCCGAAAAUCCCGUAAACUGGUAUUUUAACAGCUUCGGCAAUCGUUACAUAAAGAAAAUCCUCCACGGAACUAGGUGUAAAAGCCACACCCGUCUAGCAAAAACAAACUUAGAAAGUUUUUCUCCAGAGAAAGGAAUUCCCAGCUGCGUCACCAGUGUUCAACACGACGCCACAAGAGAUGAAGGGGAAGAGGAAAAAAAAAAAAACAACAAAGCUUCUUCCGACCUUCAUUGAUCUAAGUAAGACCUUACCAUCCAAGUAAAUGUGUUUCUCUUGUAUUCUGUCUACCACCUGUCACACACACUCCAGUCUGGUCGAGGACGUCACCCCGACCUACGGCAAAGCAGAUGGAAAGAAUAAAAAAAAAAAAAAAACUAGACGAUUUCCGCUUCCAGUUCAAUCGAGUAAAGAGUUUUAAAACCGCACGAUUCCAUUCUCUUCUCUUCUAUUAUCCCUCACCGACAAUUGUAAAAAUUAAAUGGAAGCCGCAGACUUCUCGAGGAAAGUAGAGUACUGUACAGUACGUUCCGAUUGGUGGGUUUAACGUCUUUUAUCUUAGCUACCGGAUGGACGAAUCGUAAAACGGGUUGGUCCGAAAACUUCAUUUGAACGGAUCGUUCGAUCCGAGACAUCAACCAAACGAAUUCCAUUAAAUGCUCGGUUGCUCGAUGUGUACGUAGGAACGUGUCCGGUAAUGGAUAAAAGUGUUCCUCCAUUCUUCCGGAUAUUUUUAGUCGCGUCGUAACCAAAUUACGAUCCCUUUGCUACGAAACACAAGUUUUAUAUCUCAACAGCGGAAUAAAUGAAUAUGUUUGGGGUUUUAUUAACGUUUGAUGUCCCUCCUCCUCCUCCUCCUCCUCAUCCUCAUCCCUCCUAAGACACGACCAGUCGAAAUGUAGUUUGAUUACAUCGUCGUAAAGCUGUAUAAACCCGUAACUAAAUUCUUUCCAUGUAAAAUUAUAGAAUAUCAUUAUUAAAUAUGUAACAUGAAUAUUUUCUAAAUUCUUCCUUUCCCUCCGUUGAAGAAUAUACCCAACUUUGUAAUCGUAUCGCAUGCAUAAUGAAAACCGCAGAACACGGAUAAUUUUUUAAGGGAAAAAAUGAAAAUUUCGAGCAGAAAAAUUCCCUUAAAUCCAGUAAAUCCCUAGUCGAGAUUAGAACUGUUUAAUCUGACGAUACUCGAUAGUUCUUGCGAUAUUUUAAACUUCCUAAUUGGAUUUAUACAAGUAGAGACUUCUCUUAAACUUAACAUAAUUGGAUCAUCAUUUAGAUUUAUCAGAGUUCUUAAUAAUUGGGACUAAAGGAUCGUAUUUCGUGUAAUUGGAUAUCUUGUAAUUUUUUUUUAUUCUCCUCCUCCUCCUCCUCCUCCUUCCUCCAUUAUAUACAAUACAGUAUGUAGGAUGUUGCUGUGUUUAGAUGAAUUAUAAAGAACGUUGCGUAAACCUGGCUGUAGGAUGUUUAUAUUUAACAUUUCUUUACCAUUUUAUCAGUCGUUUUGAUAUAUAACUUUAGUUAAUCGAGUUUCCUCGCAUUUAAAAUGAACUCUCUUUACUUUUUAUUGCGCUAGAAAUAAUCGUAAUAAUCGAGAUACCGGGAAGGAAAUGCUAUUUCGGUAUAGAAUUAUCAUUUAAAUUCGUUACUUUGAAUUCAAAUUUGUCUAGAAAUAAAUGGAAUUUCAACGGUAAAGGUAGGAUUGAUCGAUGGAGUAACCAUUUCUCGGUAUAAUUCCGAUAGAGAAAGUCGAUAGAAUUAAAUUGCGUGUCUUAAUAUUCUUUAAUUAAUCCUAAAUCAAUUAAAGUGACUAUUAAAUCACAGUAUAUAAUAUCUAUCUGGCGGAUAGAUUUAUAAAUCAAUUCAUUGGGCGAGACUCCAAUAACGGAUUCAUUAGGUCAUUUCUGUUAUUUAUCCAGGAAAUUGUUUGUUGCCAGAGAUGAUUUAAUAGACAAAACAAUUUGCUCCCGACAGCGAAAACGUCAUAACUGCAGGCAGUUUAUAUCACUUCCUAUCGAUUUUUACCUUUAGAAAAAUCUAUUAAAUAUAAACUUCUUCCACCUGUAAACAAUUAAAAAGUCCUCGUCGCACUUAAAAUCAAUUCGAAGAGCGUGAAUUAUAUUCAUUGGCGAAUGGACCAUUUAUUGAGAGAAUUCCACUCGUUUCAAUGUAAUUUGUAGACAGUUUGAAUGAGCGUAUGUUAAAGAGCAUUUGUUUCUGUACAUUUAUCCAACUUCAAUUGUUUAAUAGUCGGCAAUGUAUUUAUUUAAACCUAUUCAAAUUACUUUGUUUCAU